CUUCGCCGGCUUACCUGAUCGAUCGCGCACAAUAAGCGUUGCGGGAUGGCUGUGCUGAAGGCAGGGGGAGCUGAAAUUCAACACGAUCAGCGCUGGAGAUGCGCGACCUGGUGAGGCGGCGGGUUUUGCUUUCGGAGUCAUCCCGAGCUGAGGUCCAGAGAAAGCUGCCAUCCUCUGACACCCGUUCCCUCCACUCACUGGGACAUCCGCCCGUUAUCCUUUUAAAACAGAUAAAUCAUAACCAUCUCCAGUUCGGCCAUGCAGUUGCCUCCUAAGGAACCACAGAGGAAGAGAUUGCGGGAUUUGGCUCUUGAGGUCGGCAUGAGAGCUUUCCUCUUCGGAGUUUUUGUUUUCACAGAAUUUCUGGAUCCUUUCCAGCGAGUUAUUCAGCCUGAAGAGAUGUGGCUUUACAAGAAUCCCAUUGUGCAGUCAGAUCACAUACCCACUCGGAUAAUGUUUGCCAUUUCAUUCCUCACACCUCUGGCGGUGAUCUUUGUGGUCAAAAUAAUUCGAAGGACAGAUAAAACGGAGAUUAAAGAGGCCUGUUUAGCUGUCUCUCUGGCGCUUGCUCUGAACGGAAUCUUUACCAAUACGAUUAAGCUAAUAGUGGGAAGACCACGUCCUGAUUUCUUCAACCGCUGUUUCCCUGAUGGUGUGAUGAACCCUGAGAUGCACUGCACAGGUGACCCAGAUGUCGUUUCAGAGGGAAGAAAGAGCUUCCCAAGCAGCCAUUCAUCUUUUGCUUUCUCAGGUCUGGGUUUCACCACCUUCUACUUGGCUGGGAAGCUGCACUGUUUCACGGAUAUCGGCCAAGGCAAGUGCUGGAGGCUGUGUGCUACUAUCCUCCCUUUAUACUGCGCGGUGAUGAUAGCCUUGUCGCGGACUUGUGAUUACAAGCAUCACUGGCAAGAUGCAUUGGUUGGUGCCUUGAUUGGCAUCAUCUUUGCCUACCUUGCCUACAGACAACAUUAUCCGUCGUUGAGUCACAUUGAAUGCCACAAGCCACAUGUCUGCCUCGUGGUUCAGGUAUCCGCUGAUCAGGAAGAAGUGCCCACUCCAGAGAAAGCUACCAGCCUGGCUUUAGAGGGAGUAAAUGAAGGUCCUGUAUGACUAGCAAACUUCUUACAUGGACAAUUAUCCCUCCUUACAUUCCACAUAAAUCAAAACAAAUUCUACUUAAAAUCCAUUCCAUAAAUCUCAUGUACUUCUGACCUUCAUAUGUCCAAAGGAAAGCACACUGAUCAACAACUAAUUUUGCUUUCAACGUAAUGGCAUAUGUUGAUGCCAAGAGAAAAUUUCAUUUUAAAAUGGUAAUCAAAUAUGGUGUAAAUGGCAUUGUUCUUUAAAUGCACAAGACAUCAAAAAAAUGAAUGCAAUGAGUGCAAGAUUGAAGCAACCAAGAUGUUUGCGCAAUAUUGAAAGAAAAUGCAUUAGUUCCAUAUAAUUACAAUAUUGACAGUAUGAAGAGAUCAUGGAUAAAUCUUUGAUUAAUAUGUAAUUAAAAAACGUUGAUGAAUGCUGUGAAAUUAAUAUUGUGAAACAAUUAUACAGGUUGCAGUGAAGAUGUAAUUACCAAUGUUAAGCAAUGACAUUCAGGAAUGAUCUGAAUAAAUGUAUUGAAAUUUCAUUUUUCUAUGCUUGCGUUAUGUGGCAUUAUUCAUUAAAACUGAUGUUAUUUAAAUUC